CAAUGUUAGGUCAGUACAGAGACCAAGAUGGCCAAGUUGAUGCUUCUUACCGGUCUGGUGCUCCUGCUGAAUGCACAAAUAGGUUCUGCCUAUGUGCUAUCAUGCUACUUCACCAACUGGGGCCAAUACAGACCAGGCCUUGGGAAAUACAAGCCCGACAACAUUGACCCUUGUCUAUGUACUCACCUGAUCUAUGCCUUUGCUGGGAUGCGCAACAAUGAGAUUGCAACCAUUGAAUGGAAUGACGUCACUCUUUAUAAAUCUUUCAAUGGCUUGAAAAACCAGAAUGGGGACCUGAAGACUCUUCUGGCAAUUGGAGGCUGGAACUUUGGAACAGCACCAUUUACUGCAAUGGUUGCCACUCCUGAGACCCGCCAGACCUUCAUCAACUCUGUCAUCACUUUCUUGCGCCAGUACGAGUUUGAUGGGCUGGACUUUGACUGGGAGUACCCUGGCUCUAGAGGCAGCACUCCUCAGGAUAAGUCCCUCUUUACUUUAUUGGUUAAGGAAAUGUUGGAAGCCUUUGAGAAGGAAGCCAAACAAGUGAACAGACCCAGACUCAUGGUCACUGCUGCUGUUGCUGCUGGUCUUUCCAACAUUGAGUCAGGCUACCAGAUUCCUGAGCUUGGCCAGUAUCUGGACUAUUUCCAUGUGAUGACCUAUGACUUCCAUGGCUCCUGGGAGAGAUACACUGGAGAGAACAGCCCUCUGUACAGAGGUCCUGCAGACACUGGUGGCAACAUCUACUUCAAUGUUGACUAUGCCAUGAACUACUGGAAGAAGAAUGGUGCCCCAGCUGAGAAGCUCAUUGUUGGAUUCCCAACUUAUGGACACACCUUCAUCCUCAGCGACCCAUCCAACACAGCUGUUGGUGCUCCCACAACAAGCGCUGGGCCUGCUGGACCAUAUACAAGACAAGCUGGCUUCUGGGCUUACUAUGAGAUCUGCACCUUCCUGAAGAAUGGUGCCACUCAAGCUUGGGAUGCUUCGCAAGAUGUGCCUUACGCCUACAAGGGAAAUGAGUGGCUGGGGUAUGACAACAUCAAGAGCUUCCAAAUCAAGGCUGAGUGGUUGAAGAAGAACAACUUUGCAGGUGCUAUGGUUUGGUCUCUUGACUUGGAUGACUUCACUGGUACUUUCUGCAACCAAGGCAAAUACCCCUUGAUCACCACCCUGAAGAACGCCCUUGGACUGCAGAGUGCUAGUUGCAAAGCCCCUUCCAAGCCCAUUGAGCCAAUCCCACCAGCCCCCAGCGGUGGUGGUGGAAGCUCUGGUGGCAGUUCCAGCAGUGGCUCUGGUGGCAGCCCAAGCAGUGGCUCCGGUGGCAGCCCCAGCAGCGGAGGCAGUGGAUUCUGUGCUAGCAGAGCCGGAGGCCUGUACCCAGACCCAACAGACAAGAACAGCUUUUACCACUGUGUGAACGGCAGGACUUACCUGCAGCAUUGCCAGACGGGUCUCGUCUUUGAUGCCAGCUGCUCCUGCUGCAACUGGGCAUGAAGUGAUCAGGUUUUAAAAACUCCAUAGUCUUCCCAAUCCGACAUUCCAUGUAGCUGCAAAAAGUGAAAUAAAAUUCAGCAAAACCCAUAA